GGGGGCUGGAGUCCGGGACGGGCUCCCGGAGUUACUCACAGUUUCUCCCGGCCGCGGACACCAUGGGCCAGUCGGGCUGCCCGCUUCGGGGCCUCCUGCUUCUGGCUCUGAUCGGUCGCCCAGGCUGCCUGGCCGUGGUGCAGAUCUCAGUGCCAGCGCAGGUCGAGGUGUUGCUGGGAUCCCUGGUCACCAUCCCCUGCACACACAGUAUCACUGGGUCACCUGACACCCGUCUGGUGGAAUGGUUCGUCACGGACCGGGACGGGGAGAGGCGGCGUGUGGCUUACAGCGAGGGGGGCCAUGGGGGGGUGGACCAGGGCACCGAGUACUCAGGCCAUGUCUACAUGGACCCCGAUCUCAGCCUGGUUCUGCCGAAGGCCGACGUGAGAGACGAGCGGGCCUUCUCCUGCCAAGUGACAGCAGGGGCCGCAGGCAGCGCCGAGGGGGUGGCCCAGCUCCGGGUGUACGAACCCCCCGAACCUCCGGAGCUCACAGCUAACCCCGGGAUCCUGUCCGUGAUGGAGCGGUCGGUGUCAGAGAUUGCCACCUGCAGCAGCCGGAACGCCAACCCCGCCCCCACCAUCAGCUGGUUCAAGGAUGGGGCCCGCCUGGAAGCGCCUACUGAACGCAAUGACGACAUGUACGUGGUGUCUCGCUCCGUGAAGGAGGCCUCAGGGCUGCAGUCUGUGUCCAGCACCCUCUAUCUGCGCCCCAGCAAGGCUGACAAGGAUGCCCAGUUCCAGUGCCUGGUCCAGUACCCGCUGCCCCAGGGGAAGGUGGGCAACACCACCUCAGAGCGCUUCAGCCUCGUGCUGCACUAUUUCACGGAGAACGUGGAGUUCAUGCUGGAGUCUCCUCUGGUGAUCAAGGAGGGGGACGACGUGAGGCUGCGCUGCCGGGGGGAUGGGCAGCCGGAGCCGGAGUACAUCUUCUACCGGGUGCAGGCCUCCAAGGUCAUGGAACUGGCCACCAAGCAGGACGGGGUCCUGAUCCUGCCCAGCGUUUCCAGGGCCAACAGCGGGACCUACCGGUGCCAGGUGCUGGACUUCGACAGCCCCCCUGAGGUGCAGCUGGAGAAGGAGGUGACCAUCCACGUCAACUACCUGGACCCCCUGACCCUGCACCCAGGCAGACGAGUGACAGUGCCCCUGGGUGGAGACGUCACACUCACCUGCUCCGGACAGGGCUCCCAGCCCCCCAAACUGGUGUGGAGGAAGGGCAAGGAGCGAGUGGCUCAUGGUGGCACCCACACCCUGCACUCCGUCUCAUACCACGUGGCCGGCACUUACACCUGCGAGGCCUCCGUGCCCAGUGUGCCAGGGCUGCAGCGGGACCAGACCAUCCAGGUUACCGUGGAAGGUACGGAGCUCUCCCCUGGGUUUCCUGAUGGUCGUCGCGACCAACCUCAGUCGCGCCGACUGCCAAAGCCCGAUCUGUGGCUAGCACAGAGUGUGGCACUGGGACCAGUACGCAAGGCGCACUGGUACCUUGAACGAAAUCCGGAAACCCAUGCGACCAGAGGAACGGUGCUGGAGGUCGAUCGAGAUCUCGAGGUUGGAGUGGCUACAGGAGUCACAGUGGCUGUAGCGGUGCUGGGAGGUGAACAGUCCGGAUAUGGGUUUCGGGUGAACGGGACACCGACCGUGGCGGCGGAAUGCGACCGGUGCCGAGGAAGAGCAGCGCGGGACUGCAAGUGGCGUCGGAAGAGGAGUGCCGAUGGAACUUGGACGCGUCUCGCGGACCGUAUCAUGAACGUGGUGCCGCCCUGCUGCGCUGACAGAGGAUGGUCGUACAAGGAGGCUUGCCAAGAGACUGUUGAGCAAGCCGCACCGGCGGUGCCGGGGUUCAGGCAGCACCACUGUCUGUCACGGCAAUGA